AUGCCUAUCACUUUUGCCUUGGUGGAAGGGGAGACAGCUGAUACGGGGCACUUCUUUCUCUGGAAUCUGCGAAUGCAUGUUGUUAGAAAAGACGGUGUGGGUAUGAUCUCAGACCGGCAUGAGUCAAUUCGGGCACCAGUAAAUCGUUUCCGGAGAACGGUGGAAGAGUACAACAUCAACUAUAAGAGGUUGGAAGACCGAGGCAAGGCAUAUGCCAGGUGGUGCGAUGCCGUUGGACUAAGACAUUUAUUGGCAUUCGAUGAGGGACAUCGAUGGGGCCAUAUAACGACGAACAUUGUUGAGUGCAUUAACUCGGUAUUGAAGGGUGCCCGUAAUCUACCUAUGUUGGCGCUGCGGAUAGAGAAAAAUAUGCAACAAGCUGUGAAUAUAGUUAUGCACCGGUUUGAUAGACGAAAUGAGGUGUUUGAGGUGCGCGAAAUGACUAGCGCGAAGGUGUUAGUUGUUGAUCUUGCGCCACGGUCGUGUGAUUGUGGGCACUUUCAGGUGGAACGACUACCGUGUCACCAUGUUAUUGCUUGUUGUGCUAACCAGCAUCUCGAUUGGCAGUUGUACGUGAAUGACGUGUACAAGAUGACAGAGGUUCAUAAGGUAUAUAGAUUUGAGUUCACACAAUUAAGUGAUCCCGAGACAUGGCCUGCAUAUAAGGGACCCACAUUGGUCGCUAAUCCCGCCUCGAGGAGAACGUCGAAAGGUCGCCCCAAAUUGACCCGAUACUUGAAUAAAAUGGACUCACGCGACAUGUGUGGUCCUCAAAUAUGUCGUUUCUGUGGCGCUCAGGGUUAUAGUCGGAGUCGAUGUCCUCAACGUGCUGGACCGAGUGGUGCUGGUGAAUAA